GCGUCUAAAUUAAAAAAUAACGAAAAAAAUAAUUAAAAAUUAAAUAUUUCCCUCCCUUACCCCCCAAACAUCUUCUCCAUCACCCCUACCCCCAAACAUCUUCUUCUUCAUCACCCCCUACCCCCAAACAUCUUCUUCUUCAUCAUCCCCACCCCAAAAAUCCAACCCCACCUCAACCAACACAUCUUCUUCAUCAUCCCCACCUCCAAACUCCACCCCCACCCCCCAAAUAAGCAAUUUCUUCUCCUCCACCUUUAUCGAAACAUCUUCUUCUUCAUCACCUCUACCCCAAAAAUUCAACCCCACCCCAACCAACACAUCUUCUUUGUCACCCCACCCCUAAAGAAGCAAUUUCUUCACACCCCAUCCUCCAUCUUCAUCGAAUCAAUGUCAAUUUCACAUUGAAUAAAAUCAAAUUGAAUUUGCUAUUUAAUCGGGCAAAUUUCAAAAUUUUUGUCACACUUCAUCAAACACUUGACGAGAAUGCCUUCCUAAUCCCACUUACUAAAACUAAAAUCAUUCACAGAAUCGUCCUCCCUAACAACAAAGAAGCAUCAACUCUUGAAUUUUGGAUGAUAUCAAAUUUGGAAAGCACGGACUCCUGAACCAAUCUUCCUUUUUGGUUCUGAAUGACCCUUCUUAAGUGAGUCAAGCAACAUCAACGGAGGUUUUCUCAACGGAGGUGCUCCAAGAAAAUCAAAAAUGUUGGAUGGGUGGAAGAAAAACAAAUUCUAUUCCAAAUGCAAGUCUACAAUCAAGCAAACGAAAACUCGAAUAGAAAUGAUCAGGAAGAAAAGAAAUUCAAUGCAGAAAUACUUGAAGAAUGAUAUAUCUGACCUUAUAAAAUCUGGAUUGGAUGUCAAUGCUUAUGGCAGGACUGAAGGCCUUCUAGUUGAGAUGAAUCUCUUGAGCUGUUAUGAUUUCUUGGACCAAUACUGUGAGCAUAUCCGUAGUCACCUUGAUCCCAUAUGUACAGAAAGGGAAUGCCCUGAGAGUUGCAAGGAACCUGUGGGGUCUGUGAUGUUUGCAGCAGCGAGACUGGCAGACCUGCCAGAAUUACGUCAACUGCGGACGAUGUUUAAUGAAAGAUAUGAAAAUUCCCUUGAAGGUCAUGUCAAUAAACAGUUUGCUGAGAAAUUAAAGCAAGCACCACAUAAGAAGGAUGUCAAACUGCGGUUGAUGCAAGAUAUAGCAGCAGAAUAUGGUAUAGAAUGGAAUUCAAAAAAUCUGCAACAGAUUCUAUAUGAAAAAGAGCGCGCGGAUGUAUCAGGUAAUGAUAAAGAAUCCAAAGAUGCUCAAUCCAAUCAUGAGAAUGCGAGGAAUCAUCAUACAUCACAAGAGAGAACAACAAAAAGCAGUUCUGACCAAAAAUCAGCAAGGACUAAACAUCUGGAUCCACAGUCCGGUCAUAAAGAUUCAGGACAUGAAAUCUCAGGGCAGAGAAACCGAGACGGUCCUUCAGGCAGAGCGACAUCCCUUCCAGCUGAAUUGGAACAAACAAGUCCAGAUGAGCUAAUGAAAGGGCACACAAGAGCAAAUUCAUGUGCACCUGAUAUGUCUGGUCCGAAUGGGCAGGUCCAUCCAAAGGUACCAAACUAUGAGGAUGUUGUCGCUCGCCUGACAGAUCUUAGUGGAAAAUCAAAAGAAUGACUUUGUACACAGGACAAGUUGGAUGACUGUUCCAUUCCUUAGCCGAUCCUGUUACAUUUUGGUUUCAACUCACUUUUUGUAUACUACAUGUUAAGAGUUGAUACAGUGUAUAUUACCCCUACAGAUAUUAAGUCAUCUCAUUGUAAAUAGUCUCCUUAUGUAAAGUCUCUAUGAGUAUUUGAUACAUUUAAUGAGUAUCCUAAGUUGAGUCAA